AAGAGGUUUGGUCUCGGCUUAGGCUCUAUAUUCUGCCUUGUUUCCCAGAAUUUCUAUAGAAAUUGUUUAAAUGGAGUAGGAGGGAGCUAGGGGCGAGUACCGCAUUACUUGCCCCAGGUUACAGAUAAAUGAGAUUACAAGAGAUCUGACCCGUUUGGCGUUUGCAAAGAGAGGGACCCGCGGAGGCUAGCCUGCCGUUUGGAAGGCUAAACUGCCUUAAAGUGUUGGGACCGGGCAUUACCUGAAUUUGUCGUUAGAGUUGAAUUACUGUUGUGAGAUAUUGCGGGCUGUACGGAUGGGUCAAGAAGGAAGCUAGAGCGCUCGUGUCACGGGUAAAGAUAGGCAGUGCCUGCGCUCCUGGCUCGAGAAAAGGAAGGCGAGAUGCCAUCCGAAGUGGUCCCCUUCCUCUACCCCUUCCAAACGGGACAGACGGUAGCGCUGUUGCUUUAACAAUCGCCCCUUCGGCUCCAAGAAGAGCUAGUUAGUGACCGUAAGCGAAUGUGAGUGUAAAGACACCGUGUCCUCUCGGCCUUUGUGGACUAAGAUGUUUACGUAGUGUCCGGGGGAGGCACGCUUCCACGGGACUCCGUGGCUCGCGAGCCUCACCCCCAGGCUCCUUGCUCGCCCCUUGCUCGCCCAGGCGGCGCGAAUCCCCAGGGCUGGGUUCCCGAGGGCAGAGGGUCAGCUUGGCGUACCAGGCACUGUCUGGUAGCUGUACCCGUCCUCGCAGCCCCAUCCUCAUUUUCUGAGGCUGUUAGCAGAAAGCCCCACCGGGAGGAGAGGCGGGACGGCUGGGGAUGGCCUCUUAGCGCCCUCUGCGCCUCGGCAUUCUUCGCUGGCCAUCUCGGGCGUCCUCGGCUGUGGCCCCCGGCGGAGGAGAGGAGUUUCCGGGGCUCGGGUCCCUGCAGCCAUCCCGGGGAAGGAGCGCGGAAGCGAGUGGGUGGCAAGAGGCGGAGCAAGGGACGCGGGGGGCGUGGACGCGGCCGGCUUUGGAAAGCCCCCAAGUUAAUGAGGCGUGCGCCGGCGGCGGAGUGCCUUUCGGAGCUGGGCUUUCCCCCGCGGCGCGGGCGCCAGGAGCCGCCUUUUCCGCUGGGUGUCACUCGGGGGUGGGGGGGAUGGCCCAUUCAAAAGCGCCGCGAGGGGGCCCGGCCAGAGCCCUUCAGUGAGCGCUCGCAAGAGGACGGCAGAGGCCCGGCGGCUCGCAGCUCCCGGACCUUGUGGCGCAUCAGGACGCGGCUGCCCUGCUGCCCGGACCCCGAGGAACCGCCGCAGCCGCCGCCGCCGCCGCCGCCGCCGCCGCUCUGCUUCCUGCGCGUUAGCCUCUUCUGCGCGCUCCGGGCGGGCGGCCGCGGGAGCCGUUGGGGCGAGGACGGCGCGCGGCUGCUGCUGCCCCCCCGGGCCCGGGCGGCUGGAAGAGGAGAGGCCGAGCCGAGCGGCGGCCCCCCCUAUGCCGGGAGGAUGUUGGAGAGCAGCGGCUGCAAGGCGCUGAAGGAGGGUGUGUUGGAGAAGCGCAGCGACGGGUUGCUGCAGCUCUGGAAGAAAAAGUGCUGUAUCCUCACUGAGGAGGGGCUGCUGCUCAUCCCGCCCAAACAGCUGCAACACCAGCAGCAGCAGCCCGGGCAGGGGCCGGUCGAGCCAUCCCAACCCGGAGGCCCUGCUGUGGGCAGCCUCGAGCCGCCUGUCAAGCUGAAGGAAUUGCACUUUUCCAACAUGAAGACCGUGGACUGCGUGGAGCGCAAAGGCAAGUAUAUGUACUUCACUGUGGUGAUGGCCGAGGGCAAGGAAAUCGACUUUCGGUGCCCGCAGGACCAGGGCUGGAACGCGGAGAUCACGCUUCAGAUGGUGCAGUACAAGAAUCGUCAGGCCAUCCUGGCGGUCAAGUCCACGCGGCAGAAGCAGCAGCACCUGGUCCAGCAGCAGCCGCCGCAGCCGCAGCUUCAGCCCCAGUCCCACCCCCAAGCCCCGCCGCAGCCGCAGCCCCAACCCAAGCCCCAGCCUCAGCCGCAGCCGCAGCCCCAACCCAAGCCCCAGCCUCAGCCGCAGCCGCAGCCGCAGCCGCUCCAUCCGUAUCCGCAUCCGCACUUGCGUUCGCACCCACAUCCGCACCCGCACCCACUACCGCUCUCGCAGCCGCACGGCCACCGGCUUCGCCGUAGCACCUCCAACUCUGCCUGAAGAGGGCAGCACCCGAGCCAGACGAGGUUGUGAGGACUUGAGGAAGUGGGACAAGCACCUUUUUAUUGUCUUCACUUGGAUCGAAAACAAAACAGUCGCCCCGCCCGCACCAGACCAAGUAGUUUGGACAGAAUACGACCGAUAACUUGGCGAUUCCUCUUAGUUUUUCUGCAUACUCUUCAUCACAAUGCAGGAAAUGAUUUCGAGUCCAGAAGGCUUUAUUUAUGAACCUUUGAGAGGAUCUUCCAGUAUGGUGGACCUUUUAGGAGCGAUGAUGUACUGUAAUGUUAUUUUAAUGUAUUUUGAUUUAUGAUUAUUUAUUAGUUUUUUUAAAAUGCUUGUUCUGAGACAUUUCUGAAUGUAGGCCAUUUUCCAAAAAAGAAACUUAUUUUCAAAAAUCUAUUCCCUAGUAAGUUCUAAUCUUGGGAAAGAAGAAAGUAAAAGGGCGGUGAAGGGGAACACAUCAAGAAUUCAUUUUCAGAAGGUCUGAUACUUAAAUGUUAUACCAGGUGGUUGAAAUUAAACUGUGAUACUACGUG